CAGAGGCUCCGGCUGGAGUAGAAGGUCUCUCCGAGGCAGAGGGUCCUGCCGGAGUAGAAGGUGUCUCCGAGGCAGAGGGUGCUGCCGGAGUAGAAGGUCUCUCCGCGGCAGAGGGUCCCGCCGCUCCUCGCCAUCCUCGCCCCCCUCGCCAUGCUGCCGGCGCUCCUCCGCCCGGGACGGCUGCUGUCCGCCGCUCCGCUCCGCCCGCCCGCGCCCCGGGGAGCCGCUGCCGGCGGGGAGCCCGCCCGGAGCCCGGGCAGCAGCCGCGCUGAGCAGGCUCACAGAGUGGUUGCAAGUUACAAACCUUCGAACUUUGACAAAAAAAUCCUGCUCUGGACUGGACGUUUCAAGACAGAAGAAGAGAUUCCUCUGAGAAUCCCGCCAGAGAUGCUAGACAAGGCAAGAAACAAAGCUCGAGUGAAAGCUUGUUACAUCAUGAUUGGGCUCUCAAUUAUUGCCUGUUUUGCAGUGAUUGCUUCAGCUAAGAAGGCUGCAGCACGUCACGAGUCCUUAACAAGCUUAAACUUGGCAAAGAAGGCCAAGUGGAGGAAGGAGGCUGCACUGGCCGCAGAGUCGAAGACAAAGUAACUUCACCUGAAAUGCUGAAUGUCCUCGGAGGAGCAAAAUUAACUGUUGCUGAGAGGAAUUAGUUUCACCCCUAAAUACACAACUGUAAUAYGCACACGCUGUGGCAGCUACAGCACCACAAAAAGAAAGGGAGGGUCUCUUUUAUUAGGGAGAUAUGGUACUUGUUGCAUAUAAUUAAAAUUAGUUAGAAUGUUUUGCAUAUGAUUAAAUGCAGUAAUUUUUUUUUCAAGGAGAUGAGGUAGUUUCCCAAGAAUAUCAGRUAUCUUUGGUUAAUCACAAAACAUUUAAACCCAAAAUGUUUCAAUCUGGUGACAGUGCAUAAUCUUUCAGUGCACAAAU